AUGUCAAUAAAUAAUUUAACAAAUACAUUAUUUUCAAAAGUAUUUAAUAAUACUGUUAUUAGAAAUGAAAUAUUUCAAAAAGUUUAUUCAGUAAAUAAACAGUGGGCUGUAUAUCCAAGACCAACCAAGGUGCACAGAUAUAAUCAAUUGCUAGUGACACCAAAAGCUUUGAUUGGUAAUGACUAUCUUGAUUUAUUGAUUCAGUACCACCAGAAGCAAGGCUUCACUCCCGAUGCAAAUGAGAUUGCACAGUGUUUUGUGUGGGCUGUCUCUUAUCAAAGACUUGGAAUAUUGCAAUAUCUUUGUGGUUGGGUUUCAAAGGGAAUUGAUGAAGAGAUCAGAGAGAUUUUGUUGGAAUGUCGUCUGAUGAGUACGGCAGCGGGUCAAUCCAAUAUCGAGAUGUUGGAAUGGAUGUAUCAGAACAAUGCUUUGGAGAUAUUCCAGUGCUCAUCGGUUGAUUAUAGAAUGUUACCGGGUCUUCCAAAUGGUUUCAACACAAUGAAAUGGAUUCGUAGCAAUCUUCAUCUGGAACUGGAGGAAAGUGUUGUGGGUUCUGCUGCCGGCUCAGGUAAUCUCGAGGUGCUGUCUUGGGUGCUUGAAAACUACGAGGGAGAACAACCAAUUGAUUGGGCAGAAGUGGCUACAAGUGUUGUAAUAGGUGAGCAUGUACACAUACUCGAAUGGAUCAACCAACAUCACAGACCUUCCGACGAACAAUUGGCAAACGUCAGAAUUUUAGUCUAUAACAUGUGUGGAAAUAAACGUAGUGAUACAAUCGAUUGGAUUCAUAAGAAUUGGACAGCUGUCAAUUUCAAUCAUAACUACGACUAUGUGGCAAAGGAUGGAUCGUUAGAGUUGAUUCGUUGGAUUCACGAGAAUCUGUCAGAAACAAACACAAAGCCAGUAUUCACAGUGGAUGCAAUGACCAAUGCAGCCCAAUACAACAGUUUGGAAGUUUGCGAGUUCUUACUUAACAACCGAACUGAAGGAUGCAAUGGUUGGACUGUACACAACGCAGCUAUCAAUGGAAGAAAAGCUAUAGUCGACUUAAUCUUGUCCAAAGGAUUCGACAGAGUUGGAUUGUUUAGCUUUACCGUCGAAGAAACCCAAAGAAGAGGUUAUCCAGAGAUUGCUGAUUUAUUAAAAGCAUAUCUUUAA